AUGUGCAAAGUUGCAAAAGGCUGCCGGCUAGACCAGAGGAAGAAGUUGUGGACUCAGACCUUCCAAGGUUGCGAGUGGACGGAUGGAACUGCCACUGGCGGAAAGGAAGAUGCAAGUUUUCUGUCCUUUCUUUCCGUGAUGGUGGAGUGGCACCUGAGUGGUCGUUUUUUUUCCCCUUCUUUCAGAUUCUCCAUCGGUCUUGAGGGUUGGUCUCCACUUCCGAGCCAAUCAGGUCGAUUCAGCCAAUCAGGCUACUUUUGGUCUGGAUGCAGCCCCAGCAGAGGGGGAGAGCAGGUGCCAGGUGCAGGGCAUGCUGCACCGACCACACCUCAGGCUUCCAAUGUUGCAGGCCAGGCCACCACCACCAAUUUUCUGAAGUCGGGUGCGGGUGUCAAUUCGUACCGAGAAGAGACUUUGAACGUCCUUGAUGAGCUGCUCGCGAGCACAGGCAAGGAAUAUCUGAUACCUUGUGUGGGUGGAGGGCUGAAAGAAACGCCAAAGAGGAGUCGUGGAGCUGCAAGAAAAGGAAAAGAAAGGACCAGACACCUUGUAGUACGUACAAGUACUCUGUAUCCACUCACGUGCUACUGGCACCUACCGCAGUAG